UACAUGCCUAAAAGGAAACUUUUCCCAAACGUUAACUUCCACAGACAAGACUAACAUCUCUGCAGACAUGGCCUCAGCCAGCAGCCUCCCAUGUGAAGAGCAGCUACUGUGUUCAAUCUGUUUUGAUGUGUUCUCUGAGCCUGUCUCUACUCCAUGUGGACACAACUACUGCAAGACUUGUAUCACACGGUACUGGGCCAGCACUGACCUGAUACAGUGUCCCCUUUGUAAGAAGACGUUCCUCAGUAGACCACUGCUUCAGGUCAACACAGGGUUUAGAGAUAUGGUGGAGCACUUCAACAGCAUGAGGGUGACGGCUGAAGAUGGCAUCCUUGCCAAACCAGGGGAGGUGCCCUGUGACAUCUGCCACGGGCCAAAGCUCAAGGCCCAGAAGACGUGCCUGGUGUGUUUGGCCUCGUACUGCCAGUCUCAUCUGGAGCCUCAUCAGAGAGUCACAAACCUUAAGAAGCACCAGCUGAUUGAUCCUGUGUUAAACCUGGAAGACAGGGUGUGUAAGAGGCAUGACAAGAUGUUUGAGCUUUUCUGUCACAGGGACCAGACGUGUGUUUGUUAUAUGUGCUUGAAAGACAAUCAUGCAACCCAUGAAGUCGUCCCAUUAGAGCACGCGUUAAGAGAGAAGAAAGCCUGGCUGGUUGAUGCGAUGUCAGAGAUAAAAAUGACGGAAAGCGCUAAAUCCAGGAGUAUGAAGGAAAUCAAAUACUCAGCUGAAAAGAGCAAGAAAGAGUCAGAGAAAGAGAUAGCAGACAUUGUCGAGGCUUUCACUGCUCUGGUGGUCUCUCUGCAAAGAAGCCAGGCUGAGCUGAUUGAGUUGAUCCAGGGGAAGCAGAAAGCAGCAGAGAAGCAGGUCGAAGACCACAUGACACAGCUGGAGCAAGAACUCGCUGAGCUGAGGAGGAGAAGAUCCGAAAUGAAGGAACUUUUGCAAACAGAGGACCACCUACGCCUGCUGCAGAGCUGUCCAGCUCUCCUCUCUCCUCCUCGCACUGAGGAGCUAUUCGACCCUCUGUCCCACUCCAGCCCUCCAUCUACACUAGACCUCUCAGACAUCAGUCGACAGAGUUAUGUGGGGAUGGUGAAAAAAGCUGUGGCUCAGAUGGAGAAGACACUCAGUAAUGAGAUGGAGAUGCUUAAUCAUGAGGUCAGGCUGUCUGACGGCUGUGAGGCAGCUACACAAGCUGAUGCGGCUGAAAACCCGAUGACAGAUAAGUUUAUUACAGAAGUGUGGAAUCCGCCUCAGGACAAGCUGAUGAUGAUCCAGCAGUGUGAUGCGGUGGAUGUGACUCUGGACGCGUACACAGCCAGUUCCAGACUCAAGGUGUCUGAGGAUGGGAAACAACUGAGAUUUAACGAUGGACUGCUGUCUUUUCCCACUUUAUUCAGGAGAAGAUUUGAAUAUAAACCCUUUGUCCUUGGGAAAGAUGGUUUUUCCUCAGGCAGGUUCUACUAUGAGGUUCGGGUCAGUGGGAGUAAAUGCUGGCUCUUGGGAGUGGUUAAAGAGUCCAUUAACAGGGAGACAACGUUCUUUCUAACCCCUGAAGAGGGAGCAUGGACAUUUUUUAAACUGUCCUGCGAAUUCAGAGAAGAAUAUCAUGCCUAUAUUUCUCCCUCUGGGCACAUGAACCUUAGGCAAUGGCUUGAUACAGUUGGUGUGUUUGUCGAUUAUGAGAAGGGAGAGGUCUCCUUCUAUGACGUAGAGGCCAGGACUCUGAUCUUCUCGUACUCAGGAUGUACCUUCACAGAGACCGCGCCAGCACUAAAAACUUUUCUCUAUUCUAUGGCCGGUGCUAAUUUAAGCAGACCCAAACUCUACCCUAUUUUUGGUGUCCUUGAACAUGAUUCUAACAGCGUGCUCGAAAUCACUCCUGUGGUUUGCCCAAGCUCAGUGUAAAUUCAUAUAUAUGAGUACUCUCCUGCCUCCUAUCUACCGUACAGUUGGUGAUGAGGUUCAAUUUAAAUUGGGAAUAAAGGUAGAAGAAGGUAGUUAAGUCACAUACUAUAUUUACAUACAUAUUGCAAUACCUGUAUCUGACCAGGAGAUGGAACCAUUUUUCAACCAGUGUUCUGGUCUGUUUCUCAGCAAGCAGCAGGUUGGACAGUGGCAUCAUAGGAACUCAGUUUCAUCUCUGGCACUUAUAUAUGUUGUAAAGUUGAAACUAUUUUUCUCAGGCUUAUAUUAUAGCAAACUAAAUAUUUCUUGGUUCUGAAGCAUUGGUCGAACAAAACAAGUAACUUAAAUUAGUUAAUUUUUAAUUUUUUAAGGUUUCUGACAUUUUAUAGUUCAGACGAUGAAUCAACAAAAUAAUCAGCAGAUUAAUCAAUAAUGAAAAUAAUUGUUGGUCACAGGCCUAACAGGUUUAACACCGGGCUCCAAGUUUAUAGCUGACAUUAAUGAACACCUACUUUUCUAUUUUUUAAGUAUCAAUAACCUUGUUCAUCAGUCACUUAUCUUGCAUGCAUGUAUCAUACACGAUAUGUAUUACACUGCUUAAUAAAAGUGUUUUAAGUGUUUCUUAAAAA